AUGUCCAAGCUGAAAAACAAAAGGGAUGUUGUGGCCAUUCUCACAAACUACGGCAGGAGUGGAAUCAGCGCAUGGUACAGAGGCUGCUUCGAAAGGAUUUAUGUGUUCAGCCCGUCGAUCAACGUGGAUGACGGCUGGAAGCCAGUCAAGAAGUACAUUCAGGAAACCACUGACACAGAUCGCGAAAAAGUCUACUUCGAGGACUGGGAUGAAGCCGCGCUGCGCCGGAUCAUAGCCCAGCAGCGCAAGAUCACGCAGAAGAGCAAGGAGCUGGGCAUGAAGCGCUUGUACCAGAUCCUGGUGGUCAUCGACGAUUUCGCGGACUCGCCACACCUGCACAAAAGAACGGGCGACGCCGCCCUGGACACGCUCUUCGUCAGGGGUCGCCACUUUCAGAUCACGACGAUCGUGAGCACUCAGAAGCUCCGCUUGAUCAGCAACGCCGUUCGAGUAAACAGCCAGUUCUUCUGCAUUUGGAGGCUGCGGAACCAGCUCGAGAAAGACAGCCUGCUCGAGGAACUGACCGCGCUGCUCCCCAAGGCGGACCUCGAAGCGAUGUAUGAGGAGGCUGUAAGGGAGCCCUUCAGCUUUCUGUACAUCUACUUGCUCAACCCACGCGAGAAAAUGUUCCACAUACGAUUCGAGCGGGCGCUGGGGGCGGUGUUCGGGAAGCUCUUCGCGAGCAGCACCCUGUUCAACAGCGAGUGCAAAAACGUCAGUUGCUGCAGCAGCAACGCGCUGCCGCACAAUUACGAUCCUAAUCGCCCGCCGUGGAUGCAACGCUUGCCGGAGCCGAUGGCGGGCCAUCCACUAAAACAGCAGCGCUCCUUUUCGGACAACAGCAACGACGCAGUGCUCAGGGGACAGCGAAUGCAGCGCGCGGCAUACAAUAAACUCAAGCUCAUGACCAGCAUUUGGGUCGAUUCGCGGAAGCGAAUGGCAGGAAGCGACGCAGACUUCGAAUUCGACAUCGGCCAAACCGUGCACCUCCAGGGCUCGGCGAGGCUCUCCGUUUUCAAGAUCAGGGUGGCCGACACCUUUCUGAGCACCGACCGCGGCACCUACUUGUACUGGGAAGAUCAAGCUUUGGGCACGCUGAAUUGGGCGCAGCUGGCCGUAGGAGCGUACACAGGCGCGCGGCUGGCCGCGUGGAUUUCCUCCAAUUUCGCCAGCGCAACAUACGUGGAAAGCACCAACGAAAUCACCGGGGCGACGCCGUCCGCGCCGCAGAGCAUCAACCACCUCCUGGGCCCGAGCUUCGUGAGCGGAGGCAGUCAAAUCUUCACCUUCGUGCAGAUGAUGCCUUAUUCCGAGCUGUACCUCCGCUGCAGCAGCCUCUCCAACGCCGCAGACACGGUGGGGCCUCUCGGGCACGACAUCGUGGCCAAGAUCAUCUGCAAUCGAGGCGUCGGGCACAUCAUGGAAAGCAGCACCGACGAAAACCACCUGGUCAACAUCCGAGGACCCAUCACGCUCAGGUACCUGCGCUUCAGAUUGACCGACGUCGAUGGGAACACGGUCAACCUGCGCGGCACCAGCAUAAGCUUCUGCAUCUACUUGGAGGUUGCCGGAGAAGCGCAGGAGGGCGAAAGAGUGGCUGAACCUGAAGAGCUACCUGUGGAGCAUCCUGAUGUUCCCUCCCCUGUGAAAAAGGAGCCUUCGCUGCCUUCGCCCGCUCAAUUGCGGCACAUGAGGAUGAUGCGAAUCGAGCCGCGGAACGAGCGGCAAAUGCUGCACCAGUUCUGGAAGAGGUACCCUGCGUACAACUUGAAUGCCCUCAUGCGAAAGCGUUACGAAGAGCUCAUGGACGCGAGGGCGUUCAACGAGUUUCUCAGGGAUCGGCAGCUUAGGCAGCAAGGCGACGCCUACGUCGACGCCGUGGGCCGGGUUCAGGAAGCUGUGAACCGGAGAAUACCACAACUGCGCUGGACCGUCGCGGAACGAAAUCAAGUUCGACGGGUGCUCGCAUACAUCAAUGAAGGGGAGCCUUUGAAGAUGGCCUUGCCGAACCGCAGGGCUUCCAGACCUCACACCCAGCUCGGAGCCGCGGUGGAAGAAGAAUUCGCCAGCGCCGACGACGGCUACGAGGGCAGGCCUUUCCCGCAAGUCCAGCGCCCAAACUUUUUGGGGCCGGGGCCAGACACCGACGACAGCGGCCCCGACGAGGCUUUCAGGCGGGAUGGCUUCGACGCGCCCAGGCCCCCGCAGGCUUCGAGCAGCGUGAGCGGCCGCUUCGCCGAGGCUGCCGCGCGAGGGGGGGGAGCCAUCAUCGCCGCGGGCGCCGCCGGCGUGGGGAGGUCCGUCGAAAACUUCGGUUUUCGCAACGCAACGCGAGCUGUAGAUGUGAUCGAGCGCCGCGUGGCUCCCACCAUCAUCGGGAGGCCAUCCCAAGCGGAAGAGCUGAUCACCAGGGCAGGACAAAGGGCGCAAGAAGCGGAAAGAGCGGCCGCUGCGGACAUCGAAGAAUUUGCCGCUCAACAGGCCGCGGCGGAAGGCGGCGAAAUGACGCCGUUGCUUGCUGAAGCCGGCACGCAGACCGCUGCGGCAGCGGCAGAAGGCGGCGCAGCACUGGCAGGUCUUUCCGCAUUCGGGGGCGCGGCAGUGGAAGGCGCUGGCGAGGCCGCUGCGAUGGCUUUCCCGCUGGCUGAGGGGCUGGGGAUGGCCGCAGGCGUGGCUACUGGAGGCGCGGCCGCUUUGGCAGGAGGAGCCGCUUAUGGGCUCUAUCGUGGCGGUCGCUGGCUGCUGGGCGGCAACGAUGCCUCGAGCUCAGAAUCCGUUCCCGCAGUCGACAUUCACGCAGUCGACAUAAGAACGUUGAACAACAUGCAGCAGGGAUCGCCGCAGGAGCACAUCAGCCUGCGACAGCCCGCAAGAAGUCGGCCUGUGGUGCAUUACGACAUCGCCGCCGGAGACUCCGACGAACCAGCUCAGCAGCAGCCGGCGCCGCAAGUGCGGUCCACGCCCUCCAACAUGCCGUGGGGAAUCAACCCGGUGGGACAGCCGCGAAGGCAAAGGGCAAGGCUCAGGCCGCCGCCGGCGGAGCCCACGUUCGGCGAGUUGCGGCGGGAAGCACUGGCUCACGAGCCGGAGGUCACAAACGCGGUGAACGAUGAGCUCAUCAGCUCCCUCGACUACAAGAUGCGCACCUCCAACGCCUCCUACGUCACCUCUCGCAAGGACGUGCAGUUUUUUCCGAGCUCGUUGAGCACGUUCACUUCCACCACAAGCAGGGUGGCGAGGAUCCCGCUCACUACCGGAGGCGACUUCCUGGAUCCUGAAUCCAUCAAGAUCGCGUUUAGAUUCGUCAACAACGAUGCCACGAACGAUUUCCACCCCCUGACCGGACACCCCGGCUGCCUGGUGAAGCGGAUUCAGCUUUUCGCGAACGGCCAGCGCACCGACGACAUCGAUCACUACGGUCGCAACGUGCACAUGUACACGCUGCUCAAGCCGC